CGAAGGAGGACCGACAUUUAAAGUAAGGAUACCGCACUGGGACUAACCAAAUCGCGUUUUGCGCUUAGCACCUACGGUGAAGACGGCUGCACAUUUUUGUCCCGAGCGUGUUUCCGUAAGCUUAUAACAUCUCGCCUCAUGAAAUUACCAGGGAAAAUGCCGGCUGUGGGAAAGAAAAGCGAAGCAGGAUCUCCCGGGGUUGUGGGAUGGAUGAGCUCCGCGUAUCGAUUUGCGACAGACAGAAAUGAUUUCAGAAGGAAUCUUCUUGUGAAUCUAGGCUUGUUCGCAGCAGGAGUUUGGGUGGCCAGGAAUUUGUCAGACUUUGACCUGAUGUCACCUCAACCAGUCACAUAGUCCCAGUCAAAUCAUGGGGUUUUGCAGGAGGAGAGGACCAAUUUCUUCUGAGCAUGAAUGGAGCUUUCUACCAGAGGCAAUGAUGGGACGAGUCUAAUGGACACUGAAUAGAAAACACCUGAGGAAACCUUGUUAAAGCUCUAGUUUUUCAAAUUGAUAUUCAUGAAAGUGAACAGUCGAUUUUGUUACAACUGUCAAACUUUAUUUAGUAUAAAUAAUGUUUCAGGUUUAAGUUAAAGUUCACAAUUGAUACGAUCCGUCAGUCUAGCAGGUUUAAUCGUUCAAGAGGAUUAAAAAAGAAUGACAUUAUACUUAA